CGUGAGGCAGGAAGUGACGCAAAGGGUCUCCGAGGAUCUGGAGAGGGCGGGAGACUAUAAACGGCUGACUGCAGGCAACCAACCCAUCAGAGAGCGUCAGCAUCGGCCGGUGACGGGCAGUGGAGCGGCGGACCCGGGAGGCGCCUGUGCUUUUCUGUGUGGCAGCUCACAAUGAUGGAUCAAGCAAGAUCAGCAUUCUCUAACUUGUUUGGUGGAGAACCAUUGUCAUAUACCCGGUUUAGUCUGGCUCGGCAAGUAGAUGGCGAUAACAGUCAUGUGGAGAUGAAACUAGCUGUAGAUGAAGAAGAAAAUGUUGACAAUAACAUGAGGGGUAACCACACCAGUGUCACAAAACCAAAAAGGUUAAAUGGAUAUAUCUGCUAUGGGACUAUUGCUGUAAUCGUCUUUUUCUUGAUUGGAUUUAUGAUUGGCUACUUGGGCUACUGUAAACGUGUAGAACCAAAAGCCGAUUGUGAGAGACCGGCAGGAACAGGGCCUUCGUGCACAGAGGAGACAGAACCUUUCGAAACAGAAGAGCAGCUCCCCGAAACACGUCGCAUAUUUUGGGCAGACCUCAAAUCAAUGUUGUCGGAGAGACUGGAUGCCAUAGACUUCACCAGUGCCAUCAAGAUGCUGAAUGAAAAUUCUUAUGUCCCUCGUGAGGCUGGAUCUCAAAAAGAUGAAAGCCUUGCUUUUUACAUUGAAAAUCAAUUCCGUGAACUUAAACUCAGCAAAGUCUGGCAUGAUGAACAUUAUGUUAAGAUUCAGGUCAAAGGCAGCAACUCGGUGACCAUAGUGAGUAAGAGCGGCGGCAGCAGUAUGGCGUACCAGGUGGAGAAUCCCGAGGGUUAUGUGGCGUAUAGUAAGGCUACGACAGUUACUGGUAAACUGGUCCAUGCUAAUUUUGGCACUAAAAAAGACUUUGAGGAUUUAAAUAUGCCUGUGAAUGGAUCUUUAGUGAUUGUUAGAGCAGGGAAAAUUACUUUUGCUGAAAAGGUUGCAAAUGCUGAAAGUUUAAAUGCAAUUGGUGUCUUGAUAUACAUGGACCAGACUAAAUUUCCCAUUGUUAAUGCAGAUCUUCCAGUUUUUGGACAUGCUCAUCUGGGAACAGGUGACCCUUACACACCUGGAUUCCCUUCUUUCAAUCAUACUCAGUUUCCACCAUCUCAGUCAUCAGGAUUGCCUAACAUACCUGUCCAAACAAUUUCCAGAGCUGGUGCAGAAAAGCUAUUUCAAAAUAUGGAAGGAGACUGUCCUUCUAUUUGGGGAAUAGACUCCUCAUGUAAGCUGGUAUCCUCACAGAACAAGAAUGUGAAGCUCGCCGUGAACAAUGUGCUGAAAGAGAUAAGAAUUUUUAACAUCUUUGGAGUUAUUAAGGGCUUUGAAGAACCAGAUCGCUAUGUUAUAGUAGGGGCCCAGAGGGAUGCCUGGGGUCCUGGAGCUGCAAAGUCCAGUGUAGGAACAAGUCUCCUAUUGAAACUUGCCCAGAUACUUUCCGAUAUGGUCUUAAAAGGUCAGUUUAAACCCAGCAGGAGCAUUGUCUUUGCCAGCUGGAGUGGUGGAGACUUUGGAGCUAUUGGUGCCACUGAAUGGCUAGAGGGAUACCUUGCCUCCUUGCAUUUAAAGGCUUUCACUUACAUUAACCUGGAUAAAGCUAUUCUUGGUACCAGCAAGUUCAAAGUUUCUUCCAGCCCACUGUUGUAUUCGCUUAUUGAGAAGACGAUGCAAGAUGUGAAACAUCCAGUUACUGGGCUCUCUCUAUAUCGGGACAGCAACUGGAUCAACAAAGUCGAGAAACUUUCUUUUGAUAAUGCUGCUUUCCCUUUCCUUGCAUAUUCUGGAAUCCCAGCAGUCUCUUUCUGUUUUUGUGAGGACACAGAUUACCCUUAUUUGGGUACUCCCAUGGAUACCUAUGAGGUACUGAAUCAGAAUGUUCCUCAGUUGAACAAAAUGGCACGUGCAGCAGCAGAAGUAGCCGGUCUGCUUGUGAUUAAACUUACCCAUGAUGUUGAAUUGAACCUGAACUAUGAGAUGUAUAAUGACAAAAUACUUUGGUUUGUGAGAGAAAUGAACCAGUUCAGAGCAGACAUAAAGGAGAUGGGUCUGAAUCUACAGUGGCUGUAUUCUGCUCGUGGAGACUUCUUCCGUGCUACGUCUAGACUAACAACAGAUUAUAAGAAUGCUGAGAGAACAAACAGAUUUGUCAUGAGGGAGAUCAAUGACCGUAUCAUGAAAGUGGAAUAUCACUUCCUGUCACCCUACGUAUCUCCAAGAGAGUCUCCUUUCCGACAUAUCUUCUGGGGCUCUGGCUCUCACACUCUGUCAGCUUUACUAGAGCACUUGAAGCUGCGGCAGAAAAAUAACGGUGCUUUUAAUCAAACACUGUUGAAAAACCAGUUGGCUCUAGCAACUUGGACUAUUCAGGGAGCUGCAAAUGCCCUCUCUGGUGACAUCUGGGACAUUGACAAUGAAUUUUAAAUGUGAUACCUAUAACUUAUAUAAGAACAUCAGGGUAGUGUGGUUCCUAGACUUGUGUUGGUUGUGCUAAAUUUUCAGUAGGGCUACAAAACCUAAUAUUGUUAAAAUUCUACCCAAUCUUGGUACUACUAGAUGUCUUUAGGCAGCAGCUUUUAAUACAAGGUAGGUACCUGCACUUCAAGUUAAAGUGACUAACCACUUAAAAAAAUGUUCACGAUAGAAUAUUUUCUCUGAUUCUCUCUAGAGUUUUAAGUGCUUUGUAAUGGUAACUGCCUCUUUCCUGUUACAGUUAUGAAAAAGUCAGAACCAGUUACGUGAACUAUUGCUCUAAAUCCUAAGUACGUGAACUGGUACCUUUUGAAUUGGAGGCGGAAGGUGAUACCUGCUGAAGGUGGAAAGUGGCAGCUUAGCGUGAUCCUCCACCUUCACUGGAUGCCAGAUGGGAGAUCCCAGGCUGUAAGGCUUUACUCUCCAUGUGAGAUCUCUGCCUUCUUUAAGGAUUUAGCUGGUUUCCACAUCUGAAAGUGAAACAGUUCACUUUCAGAAGAGAUGGGACUUGUUUUCUUGCCAGUGAGGUCUGAAAUAGAGGUCCUUCAGCUGCAUAAAAGGAGGUUCAACUGUUUAUCACAGGAGUAAGGCCUUAAUGUGUUAACCUCAAGAUUAUGUAUGAAAAGAGGAGACCAGAAGCCAAAGACCUAGUCUAUUUCCUCUUCCUCUGUCCCUUGUCUCAUAAACCUUUGUUAGUUUUUUGUUUUCGUUUUUUCCAAGGUAUUUUGAAAGAGAACCAAGUUUUAGGUGUUUAAUUUCAAACUCAGUUCGUCAGACUUUAAAGAACACACUGCCAAAUUUUGGCCAAAGUGUUAAUUUUUUGGAAAAGCUUCCUGUCAUUUUGGCACUGAGAUAUUUAUUGUUUAUUUAUCAGUGACAGAGUUCACUAU